UUUCAGAAUAAGUUAAACUACAUAUUAAGAGGUCUCCUUACGAAAAUAAAAUUCAGAGAAAGUACUGAGGAGGACGAAUUUACUAAAUGUUUAAGACAAGAAGCCAUUAAAUGGGCAUGUAUUCUCGGCAACACCAUCUGUCAGAGAAGAGCUAACGACAGAUUGUUAGAGCAUAUUGAAAAGCUGAAAGAAAAUAAAUAUUAUAGACUUCUGCCGUGGUGGGAAGAAUGGAUAUACUGUAAAGGUUUGAUGUUAGCAGAUGUUGAUACUUGGCACACAAUGAAAAAUAUGGCAUUGAUGCAAAACCAGGACAACAGAUUUUUAGAAUUUUUAGCUUGUUCUAAAAAUAACAUCAAUGAAUAUUUAAAAUUAAUAACAUUGCAGGAUAAUGGAACAUAUAUCGGAAUAGAAACUAAUAAAUGUACUAACAGUUUCCUUUUUAUUAUUGCAAAGCAUGCAAAAAACGAUACUGUGCUUACAAAUAUAUUAACAAAUUUCGAGAAACUAAAACCGAGAGACAUCAGUGACUUAGCAGCAUUUAUCAUUAUUAUUAAUCAUAUAUAUUUCAAGAACCAACUUAACAAGAUCAUAACUGCCUUGAAAAAUAUUAUAGAAAAGACCGCGUUUGUUCGCGCUACUAAAAAUUUUUGCAAGGAAAACGAAUCUCACAAGAUUCUCUGCGCGACCAUUUGA